CAAAACAAAGUUUUAUUGCAAGUUUUUUUACUGCACAAAUUGUUCACAAACAAUAAAAUGCAAGAAGACACUGCAGAAAAGUUGCAGCAAUUGCAAAAUUUUCAAUCCGAUGAUUUGCUGGAAAAGCUUAAGCUGCUCAAUUAUGAAAAGCACUUGCUGAGGGAAUAUAAAUUGAAGCCUUUAUCGCGGUUUUACUUUGUCAAGGCCACAAAUCCCGGCGAGCAAUUCUUUAUGUUCACACUCAUCUGCUGGUGGCUCUGCAAGAAACUGGGCAAGGACAUGGAACGGCCACAGGAGUACGAUGAUCCCAACACGGUUAUAGCCAAGAUUAUACAAAUGCUGGAGGAGAUUGAUGUUCCAGUGGAUUUUGCACCCAAUAAACUAAUACGUGGCGCUGGACCCAUUUGCCUCAUGGUCCUGGACAUUCUGGCCACGCAAGCCUUGAAGGUGACUAAGGUGAACUUUCAGCGGUUGCAUAUCGCACAGGAGGAGGAGUUUGUGGGCGACUACUUGGAGGACAAUGCUGAGAUUAUAUUGGAGAAGCUGGAGGACGAACAGAAUGCCACAGCAUUGAGUGAUGACAGCGACAUGGAGCUGGAGGCGCACAAUUUCAAGCAACUCAAUUGGCUAAAUCGCCAAAAGCGCAACAUGGGCGACAUGGCAACAGAUGAACAGAACCGUGAUCUGAAUGCUCGCCUCAGCGAUCAUCAGGAAUGGCGUUUGGAGCUCGAACGUGUGCUGCAGCAGCUGAAGGUGUUUGUCAAGGCGGAUGCUCGAGAUUGGCGCACUCACAUCAGCCAGAUGGAGGCACUCAAUGCGGGCAUUGCCAAUGUCUCGGAACCGACGCAGGCUCAGCUCAAGAAAUUGCACAGCGAGUUCACAUUCAGUCUGGAGAAGAUCGAGAGCCGGGAGAAGCAUUUGAACAACGAACUGCAGCAGCUCAUACAACAGUACAAAGAGCUGUCCAUUGAGCUAUCCACAGUGCAGUAUGCGCAGACACAGCUGCAGACCGAUAUGGAGAAACAGAUGAAUCAGCUGAGCGAGGUGAUGGCCGAGCAGGAGCUCAAGAAGGAGGAAAUGGAGCGACGUGGUCAAGUUAUGUCCGAUGGCAGUUCCGUGCAGCAGAUCAAGAAGGCGAUCGUGAAGCUAAAGGAUGACAUUGCGCAGCUGAAUCUGGAGGUGGCGCUUCUUGUGCAUGCCUACGAUCAGGACACAGUGCGUCAAACGCUCGGCGUGCUCGAUCAGCCAAACAACUGAAUAACUGAUAACGAGAGGGGGCAAUAAAAAAAAACUAAAAAUACCCGUUUACCACAAUUUGAAAUAGACUAUUCUUAUGUAGAUUUAGCAUAUGCAUGCGAUCUCUUAGCCCGGGCAUUUUUCACACUUGGCCAUGGGUGCGUGAUCGAUGCUGAUCGUAAUCAGAUCAUCGUUGGCAGACCACCGGCGUUGACCGCGCCCCCUUCCCCCUGCCACGUUCGCUGUCGCUGUCGUUGUCGAUUUGUUUGGUUUUGAUUGUCGAACCUGAACUGAUAAUAGUUUCGUAAUUGGUUGCUAAGCCAAUAGGGCGGUCAAUUAUCACCUCAAUGUUAUCUGCAACUUACACACACACACAACGCGUGUCCUGCGCUGAUCAGAUAAGCAAUAUGUUGCCUGGAUCACGUACAUAAGAAGAGCCGCCAAAGAACUACCACAUCUCCUAACCAAACCAAAGCAAACCAAACCAAUCCACUCCAAACGCAAACCAAAAACUCGAAAACUCAAAAACCCAAAACUCAAAACCAAAGCAAACCUAUGACGAAACCGCGAAACCUCGUACCCCUCGAGGUGUUAUUACCCGCUACCCACUACUCGUUGUCCUCCGUCUCCUUUCUUCUCCCUCUCUCUAACUCUCUCUCUGUCUCUAUCUUUCUUUGCCUGUUGCGCACGCGCAAACACUUUGUUUGCCCACUUGGCCUGGCUUAUCAGCCCAAUUCCCAAUUGCCAGGUUUCUCUUCCUUGUAUUCCUGCUGCUGCUCCUUCUGCUGCUGCUGCACAACUUGUUGAGAUUUUCGCUGCGGCCUGCCAAAGGUGCUAAAAGGUUUUCCCAAAAAUUGAAAUUGAAAUGCAGCAGCACUAACACUAGCUAUGGAAAAUUCUAUGCACACGCUUGGGUUUUUCCACUAAGCCCUUCAAAACUAACCUUAUGUUUAACACACUUUACUUUCAAGUAAGUUAAUUGAUGAACAAAAAACUAUGA